UUGUCUAUGUGUGUGACCCGCGACACAGGGUUUCCCUAGUGCGGGGCUAUGUUGGGUGUGUACGUUAUUAUUAUUAUUAUUUGUAUAAAGGUGCAGCGCUUAAUUUUUAACAAAUUUCAGUAACUAUCAGCCAACGAAGAAUAGUGCACGGUAAUUUCACCACCGCUGAGAAAAGAUAUAUGGUAUAUCUCGUAAAAGCUGAACACUCAGAUAAGAAGUAUGAUAACUGGAUUUGUGGUGGAGCGAUAGUGCACCGUGCUUUCAUUUUGACUUCAGCAGCAUGUGUUGAAGACGUCACAUACAUGUACGCAAUUGCCGGCUACGUCAAUUAUAUUCACCCUAGGUCGCAUUAUAUGGACGAGUGCAUAGAGAAAUCCAAGAAGAAGAUUGUUUUCUCAUGUGUACCCAAAAACUACAACUUUUCAUACGAGAGAUUUGAAGAUUGGGCUCGCAUAGACAUAGCACUAGUAAAAGUUGAAUCUCCAUAUGAUUUUGAAACUCCCAUAUCUCCCGAGUGCUCAUGGGUUCCAAACUUAAUUAAUAUUAGCUACGAUGGGAGGGAUAUGGAAGAAGGCAAGGACGCCAUGGCGCUAGGUUGGGGCAGCAGCGGUAAAUGGCGUUCCAAAAAGGACAGCAAUGACUAUAAUAACGAACACCUGAUGUACAGUCCUGUACGAAUACAAAAUAAAUCACAAUGUAUGAAAUAUUACAAGAAAAUACCAGCACUACUUAAUGUAAUAGACAAAUAUAUGAUUUGUACCAUGGGAAGUGGCAAUAUAGAUGAUGAAGGACAUGAAAUCACAAAAGUACCACCGACUGCAGAUGGUUGUAUAGGUGAACCAGAUCAGUGUAAUAACGAAAUGCACCAUGUAAUUCGAAGUUCAUAUCGAAAAAACGCACAAAACUUCAACAAUAGCAGUAGUAAUGUCACUUUAUCUGAGGAGCCCUUAUUAGCCACGUAUGGUUAUAAUUUACCAUUACACGAGAUACAUAAUGGGUCAAUACAGAAACCGUUCCGGAGACAAGUAGAAUUUAUGCCUAUAAAAAGAAAUGGCAUAUGUCAGAAUGACCACGGUGGCCCUCUUGUCACCUGGGUGGGUGCUAAAGAAAUAGUAAUUGGUACAGCUUCCUUUUAUUUGGUACGAAAAGGAUUAUGCGUUGGACCAUUUCUUUUUACCAGUACUAAAGAAAAUGGGGUAUUCAUAAGUUGCAUAUUGACCAAGUAUGUCGAUGACGAUGUUGCAGAGGGUAAAGAAGAAUAUGGAGGAAUUAAUACGCCAGUCUUGUUUGACUUGGACAUUUGCGAUCUACCACCAGAUCAAGUAGGUUUCGAAAUAGUACAGCGACGAAUUUCAUGGCCGGACGACUUAAAUAAAAACAAUUCCCGUGGAAAGCAAAAUGAACCAGUAGAAGAUUUGAUUGAAAGGGCACAGGCGCUGAUCAGUCCAUUUAAUUAACAACAAACGGCACCAAAGGGAAGAAAUAGAACACUAUUAUUUAAGUAUAAUA